UGGGGUUUGACUCGGUUCGCAAUCGUGUUCACAGAUAAAAGGCCGACUAUUAGGGCGAUCCCAUUGAACUUCGGAUCGGCGAUCGAGGGUUUUGGAUUUACGCUGCGGUUUCUCCUUCUCGGUGGACCCAGCAGCAGCUGGUCGACGACAAGAGGAAUGGGAGGCAGUUCCACUGGAGCCACCGGCGGCGGAGGUAGUGGAGGAGAGGGUUUUAAGGCGCGGCUCGAACACUAUCUCUAUAGCGGCAACAAGAAGCACGUCUUCGUCGGCAUCGCCAUUUUCGCCGCCGUCUUUUCAGUCCCAUGGAUUUACAUGAAUCGAGGAUCACAGCAUCAAUCGCAUCAAGAUUACAUGGAAAACGCAAGUAAAGCACGGAACGAGCGACUUUCUUCUCGCCAACCAACCAUUGAGUGAUAACAAAAUGGCGAAUACCAUUGCUGCACUUCGUUUCAGUUUGUAUCGGAAACUUUAGUUGCAUCGUCCACAUGCAGGCAUAAAAUAAGCUCUCUAUUUAGAACUCAGAUGCUCUCCUCUUUAUUGUUUGGUUAACAUGUUGCUAGCAAAUGUCUCACUUAGGAGACCGACAUUUUUUGUGGUUUACUUUCCAUAAACUCUCAAUGCUUCAUUUUUUGUGCUGAUACA